AUAUAUUUUAUUUGGUAAAAAGUUUAAAUUUAGCAAAUUUUGACAAAUUAAUAAAUUUAAAAAAAUUACGUGUUUCAAUUCCGGUGUGGUCCUCUCAGUGGCUUUGCUAUCUUGGCUCAGGUUCAAUUGCUAUUUUUUUGUGAGACUAAUAAAUACAGUUGAUAGGAAUUAAAAAUUUUAAUUUCCUAAUAUUAAAGGAACCACCAAGUAUAUUUUAGAAUAUGAAGAUACAAAACAAUAUAAUAUGUAGAGGUUGUAUGGCUACAGAUAAACCUUUACAGUCCAUAUAUGAAUGUUCAAGUAUCUGUCCAAAUCUACAAAUUGUGAAUAUUUUAUUGCGAAAUAUACCAGAGCUUCUAAUUAGGACAACAGAUGGACUUCCAAAGGCACUUUGCGUAAUUUGUAUUGACAAGCUGCUUAGUUUGCACCAGUUUAGAGAAAUGUGUAUUGCCUCCAACAUCUACUUGCAAAGCAUUAUCGAAAAUAAUGGUUUCGAGAAAUCAAGAGCUUAUUCUUCUGCGAAUUCCGUCCAAAAAAUAAACAAAGAUCCGUUACAAUUAAGUUAUGCUUUAAAAAAAUCCGUUAAAGUCGAAUUGGAGGAAGUGGAUGUGUUAAUUGGUGAACAAAGUAGUUUUUCUGUUGCAACCGAAAGUUUAAAAAUGGAUCAAACUAUAAAUUCGAAUCUUCAAAGAUUGGAUUUGCAAACUAUAAAACGUAAAGAUUUCGCAACCUUCUUUAACAGCAAUAGCGUACAUUUGAAAAAUCAGUAUCAAGAAUGUGUUGAUGAAAUUGAAAAUAAAGAAUCAUGUCAGAUUGCGUGCAGUCAAAAUACGAUUAAUAAUGUGAUUAAUAAGGAUAGUUAUAAAAUCAAGAAAGUUGAAUAUAAUUGCGCGUAUUGCUCUAGUACGUUUUUAAAAAAGAGUUCAUUAGGCAAUCACUUGAAGACACACUUGGAGUUAGAAUCCUCUGUUUUAUACAAGUGUAAAGAAUGCUUAAGAAGUUUUAAAAGUCGACGUACACUAUUGAAACAUAAUCGUAAUGAUCAUCCUGUAAUGAGAGAUUUAACUGUAAUGUAUAACUGCAAAUUCUGUAGUAAAGUGUUUCAACAGUCUUCAACUCUCAAAGAUCAUAUAAGAACACAUACAGGGGAGCAACCUUUUCUAUGUUUUGAAUGUGGAAAAACAUUCAGUAAUUCCAGCAAUAUGAAGCAACAUCUUCUUCGCCACACAGGUGAAAAAAAAUAUGAGUGCCCUGAUUGUCCUAAAAAAUUUCCUUGUCUUAGCGAUUUAGCGUCACAUAGCGCUGUGCAUAAAAAAUUUAAACCGCAUAUUUGUGAUGUAUGCGGUGCAGCGUUUGGAAAACCCUUUCAAUUAAAAAAACACAAGAUGUAUCACAACGGUGAAAAACCGCACAAGUGUGAAUAUUGUGAUAUGAGAUUUGUCAUUGCUGACCAUAUGCGCCGCCAUAUGCGAACCCAUACCGGUGAAAAGCCCUACAAAUGCAAAUACUGUGAGAGAGCUUUUACUCAAAGUAAUGAUUUAAUUAAACAUCUUCGAUCUCAUUUAGGAGAGAAUGUAUACAAGUGCGAAUUUUGUCCAAAAGCAUUUCGCUUAGCUUCCGAAUUACGUGAACAUUUUGCUGAACAUAAAAUAUCAGAAUCUGGGUACGUUAAAACCAACAAAGCAAAUACCAACAACAAUUAAUAAAAAUUAUUAUCCAAAAAUAAUAAAUGGAAACUCAAUACUAUUCCUGCUGGCAUGUGAGAAACACGAAUAAAUUAUAAAUGAUCAAAUUUUUUAAAUUAAAAUUGCUUGACCCUAGCGUGAAUGAUAGAAUAUAAGAUUAUACCAUCCUACCUUCAAAGUGAUAAACAUUUUGCCAAAUUUCUUGUUUAUUAUGAAAUUUUUUAUUUCACCUCACUGUUUAAAUAAUUUAUUAAAAUUAUUCAUCAUAGGGCCAAUAUGAAUUCCACUUUCAUGUAAUAAAAUAUAUUGCAAAUUCUUAAAAACAAUUUGCGUUUAUUAUUUGCUUGUUUAAAUUAUUCAUAUGUUUUAAAGCGUAAAAUAAUUUUGUAAUAAUUUUAUAUAUAUUACAAUUUCUUUUGAACUAACCAAAUCUUGUAGAAAUUGUUUUAAAAAUUAAUUUUUAAGUAAAAUAAAUGUUUAUUUGUAUUUUGUUUUAACUGUUACAUCAUCUUACAGCAUUUUAGAUGGCGUAAUUUUGUAUUUUAUCAUUCUUGCCUACCAGUACAAAACCUUUAAGUCACUCAAAUAUUUGGACGUUACGUACCCCAUUAAAAAAAGAAUAUUAAUUAAAAUUUGAAAAUAACGUCGAAUUGAGGCGCAGAUUCUCAUUACCUCUACCACUCCAGCCAUCGUUGUCUAAAUCAAAGAAAAACUUGCAGAAUCUCCGAACGUGAUAAAUGCUUGCAAAUAUUCGUAGUUAUUCUGAAUCAGAUGGGAAUGGGAGUUUUUCCCUUUUCCCAAUUUUGCUAUUCUGAAUCAUAAAGGAAUGGGAGAUUUUUACCCAAUUUUGCACAAAAUGUGUGCCAAGCAAAUUGUUUGGGAGACAAGUUAAAAAUAAAUAUGACUUUUGGAAAGGA